AGCUCCGACAACAAACAAAAGAUCGAGGCUAGCCGAGCUCGUUAUACUUUGUCCCAUCGUCUCGCCUAACGUUUCUACUUAGUUUUCUCUCUACGCCGACCGGCUCGUCUGCCUUUUAACUACUUUCAUUGGAUCUCGAGCGAUAAAUAGCGUCCCCGCUAGUGUCUCUAUUUAUGGAUUUGUGUCAGCUAAUGUCAACCUGAGCCAUUUCGCCGAGCGCUUCGCCUUUGCUGGCCGAGCUAAACGCGUUAGCCAGGCUAGCUGCUCGGGGAACCAGCUCUGGCUGCUUCUCAAACAACCAGCGAAGCCAGUUAGCUUAGCCUGCUAGCUAGCUUUGCUAACACCCUUAAAAACCAGACACUGACGGGCACCAGUGGCUUUGGCUUGUUGUUAACAAGCCAUUCCCCCCAAAACUCGUGCCGUAGCCAUGUCUGGACAGUCUUCGGGCUGUGGGUUUCUGAUGUCGGUUGUUGUACACGGAGACUCGGCUCUCAACGAGCAGGAAAAGGAGCUCAACCAGCGACUCCGACGGCUCUAUCCAGCCGUUAACGAAAACGAGACGCCACUUCCUCGGUCCUGGAGCCCGAAGGACAAGUUCAGCUAUAUCGGGCUAUCGCAGAACAAUCUCCGUGUACACUAUAAAGGUCAUGGCAAAACCCCUAAAGAUGCAGCAUCUGUGCGGGCCACACACCCCAUCCCGGCUGCCUGUGGAGUCUACUACUUCGAGGUGAAGAUCAUCAGUAAAGGCCGAGAUGGGUACAUGGGCAUCGGCCUCUCAGCUCAGGGUGUGAACAUGAACAGACUCCCUGGCUGGGACAAACACUCAUAUGGUUACCAUGGAGACGACGGGCACUCCUUCUGCUCAUCUGGCACUGGCCAACCGUACGGACCUACGUUUACAACCGGCGAUGUGAUUGGCUGCUGCGUCAACCUCAUCAACAACACUUGUUUCUACACAAAGAACGGCCACAGCUUAGGUAUUGCCUUCACAGACUUACCACCUAACUUGUACCCGACCGUGGGCCUUCAGACUCCAGGGGAAGUGGUUGACGCCAACUUCGGCCAGCACCCGUUUGUGUUCGACAUCGAGGAUUACAUGCGGGAAUGGAGGACGAAGAUUCAGGCCCAAAUUGACCGCUUCCCCAUCGGAGAGCGCGAGGGCGAGUGGCAGUCCAUGAUCCAGAAAAUGGUGGCUUCUUACUUGGUGCACCACAGUUACUGUGCCACAGCCGAAGCGUUUGCCAAAUCCACUGAUCAGGCUGUGCACGAGGAGCUGGCUUCUAUCAAAAACCGACAGAAGAUCCAGAAGCUGGUGUUGUCAGGCAGAAUGGGCGAAGCCAUUGAGACCACCCAGCAGCUCUACCCCAACCUCCUGGAGAGGAACCCGGACCUUCUAUUCAUGCUCAAGGUGAGACAGUUCAUCGAGAUGGUGAACGGGACGGACAGUGAGGUGCGGUGUUUGGGAGGCCGCAGCCCGAAGUCUCAGGACAGCUACCCCGGCUCCCCCCGGCCCUUCAGCAGCCCCAGCCACAAAGCCAGCAGCUCCCAGCCCUACCUCACAGGGUUCGACAGCAACUGCUGUAACGGUGUGACAUCCAAUAAGAGCCACAGCUCCCCUCACAGUCACAAGCCGUGUCCUCCAGGCUCUGCCUCCAUUCUCCCAGCAUCGGACGUCAGUCUCAACGGGAGCCGCAGCCAGCAGCCCGUCACCAGUAAUGACGUGGAUAUGGAGGUCGACCACGUCAGCAAUGGAGUCACAGAAUCAUCCUCCAAUGGUUUCCUCAACGGCACCUCCAAACAUGCCCCAGAGCCCGAGGACUGCGACGCAGAGAUGGAGGUGGAGUCGGCCCAGUCCAAGAGGCAGCUGUGCGGCGGGAGCCAGGCGGCCAUCGAGAGGAUGAUCCAUUUUGGCAGGGAGCUCCAGAGCAUGAGCGAACACCUCCGCCGCGAGUGCGGCAAGAACUCCGCCAACAAGAAGAUGCUCAAGGACGCGUUCAGCCUGCUGGCCUACUCAGACCCCUGGAACAGCCCGGUCGGCUACCAGCUGGACGCCAUCCAGAGAGAACCCGUCUGCUCCACUCUCAACAGUGCAAUAUUAGAGACUCACAACCUGCCCAAGCAGCCCCCCCUGGCCCAGGCGGUGGGCCAGGCCGCCCAGUGCCUCGCCAUCAUGGCUCGAACUGGCAGCGGCUCCUGCGCCUUCGCCUCUGUGGACGAUUACCUGCACUAGCCCCACGUGCACGCGUGCACACACACCCGCACCCUGACGGGCGGUCCAGAAACGCCUCCCUGCACGUCCUCAAUCAGUGUAGUCGUAUAUUAGCUGAGGGGACGCUCCUCCGCACAAAGUAAUGAAAGUUAACCAUCUCACUCGCUUCCUGUUCUGCUUCUACUGAUCGGCACCGACACCGCUGAGGGCCGGGAGCCGUUUCUGGACCCAUCUUCAGAGCGCAGCCGCAUAUAUUCAACCCCUACUUUUCCAUGGUAAAUAAGAAAUGAUCCUCUACCUUGGUAGCUCCUGCUCCCCCCCCCCCCCCCCCCUCCAGCCCCCCACCCCCCUCCAGGGCUCUUCUGCAUCUUCCUGGCAGUGUGGAGGGGCGGCCAAGAACUGCCGACAGGAAAAUACUUCGCAAGUCAAACUUGUGUGGACACACAAUAAAUACUAAGCCCCCGAUUACCUGGGACCUGAGGCCAGGGCGGGCAGACUGACGGAAGAGAAGCAGCCCCGCCCUCCAGCCCUGCUCAGACAGAUGGGAUAGUCGGGGGUGGGGGGCGGCCCAGACGAGGCCCCCGGUGGCUGACCACCACCUGACGUGGUCCCUGGAACCUGCUUUACCAGGCAUAUGUGCACUCACACAUAAACGCACCUGGACCCAGUCCCCAGACCGAGUCCCUCCGGCGUGAGGCUCCGUUAUGGACAACCUGAUCCCCCCCCACCGCCGCCUCCCCCGCCUCCCACGUCUCUCCAUCAGCCAAGAACUCUGUGACGCAUGUGGACCGGAGCCUCUGAGGAAAACCAGAGACAAUCUGCAGUUUCGACUCAAUGUUCCCUGUUUUUAAUCUUCUGUUCACUUUUUGUUUUCCUCGGGUAAACUGUGGGGCGGGCGGGGGGCGUGUUUCCUUGGCUCUUGUUUCAUUUUAAAUUUUUUUUUGUUUUUUUUAGUUUUUUUCCCAGGUUUACAAGGCAUGGUGCAGAAGAUGACAAUUAUUAAUAAAUAUUCUAAUUAUCGUUAAUUAUUGUUACUUGCAUUCACAUUACGUUUGUUGAGCCCCAGCAAGAGCGAGUUCCACCAACUUACUAUAAUAAAAAUCCCAGUUUCACCGACCCCAGUGAAGAGCGUGUGUACAUGUUAACGUUUGUAUAAGAAUUUAACCAAAUGAAGUUAUAUCAAUAGAGCAAGUUAUUUAGUUAUCAAAUGAAAGGAAGUCAAUGGGGGGGGUGGAAAUCCUUUACUGUUUUUCUAUUGAUGCUAGUGACCCCUGGAGUGUGCUGGUUGUUAUUUAGCCUGUACAAAUAUUUCUGUUUGCUGUUUGGCACCAGGGUUCCUACACAGGGGAAAUGUGAGAAACCUGUCCUGAAGUUGAAUUAGGCUUGUCCAAGAACUUGUGUGUUUUUACGGCUCUUACUGCACCAAAGCUGGAUUGAAAACUGUGUAGGAACCCUGCAGUGAACUCUGAUCCCGUUUUAUUUGUUAACCCCCCCCCCCCCCCUCCCCCCCCCAGGAACAAAAACAACAAAAAAACUGAAAAACAGAAAAUGAAAAACUCCCACCGGCGCAGCGAGUUUGAUGCAAACAUUGAAACUUUAGUCUUUAUUUUUGUAACACUGUCUAUGCUAAUCUUUAUUUCACAAAGAACUCAGGAGCCAAAAUGAAGUCCCUCAGUUCAUCCCUGUUGGUUUGGCACAGUCAGGUCCUCGCAGGAAGCCGACGGCCCCCCCUGACCCCUGACCCCCCUCCCGCCCCGCCUUGCCUCAGACCAGACAGUGGAGCUGGUGUGAAGUCGGCCUUUCGACAAACUCAGCAGCUGGUUUGAAGUCGAGCUGCAGUUUGAAUCACUGGAGUGAAACUUUAUUCGACCCCAAAACACGUUCUGACAGCGGAUGCCAACGUGUCCUCUGCUAAAUCCAGCUGGAGUUCUAGAAAAGUGAGCAAGUUAUGGCUGCAUGUGAGCAGAGUUCCAUCAGCAGAAGAGAACUUAAGACAUUUCAGACGGCACUACUUGACAAUCUAACUUUAACCUCCUUGCUUGGAUCUCUUCAGUCGUAUCUACCGGCAUGUUUCGUAUUUCUGGAGAAAUAAAAAUGUCUGACAGGCACGCUAUGUUGGAGCGACAAAUGUUCGCUCAACAUUCAAAUUCCAGCUCGACUUUUACGUCGGGUAGCAGAGAAAAGACUUUCCUGUCCAUCUUUUCAAAGCCUGGACUCCAGAUUCAUCUUCUGUAGAGCUUUGCUGAUCUUUUGAACCUGGUUUCCCUCUCGCUGGAGCUCCCUCCUCUGGCAUUAAACUGAGAAAAGCAGAAAUGGUGCAAAAAAAAAAAAAAGUAAAGGUCUGAGAAAGCGACAGAAAGCAUCCAGUAUUGAGCGACCACACCGCUGCUCCUGUCUGCUCGCCCUCAUCACUUCAACACAAACGUUGAGGCAUCUUCUUUUUUUUAAACCCCUGUAGUUUUUCCCUCCAAGCGUCAGGAAAUGACUUUUAUCCUCACGGUGGAACCAAGCUUUUCUGUACCUUUUUUUUUUUAUUUUUUUAAUUUGUUUUCCCUUUCUUGGCAGGUUGCGAGCAGUCACGGCAUCAUUUAGAAAACUUCUUAGACAAAGUGUCUGUUGUCUCUUUCUGAGUAAGGUCUGAAACCUAUGCAUGCCAUAGUAAAGUGGUGGUAAGAUCAAGUUAGAUGUCUUUUGAUUUUUGGUUUUCCUUUCUCCUUCUUUUAGCCAGUUCAGUGUAUAAGGAAGAUGUCAACCAGUAAGCUGUCCACUGCUGACUGUGUGUCCAUUUGGAGAAAAAAA